UUCUCAAAAGAGCAAUCUUGAAGAAGGCGCGCUCGCAGCAUUCAAUUCCCUCAUCCACUCAUACAUUUAUACCUCUGCAAAAUUUUGCAGCAAAAUUGGCCGUGACAACGAAAAGCCACAUGAUCAUUUAUCAUGAUUCAUCACCGCAUAACGACACUCUGAUUUUACUUUUGGCCCCCAAUUUUUUCUGCUGUAUUAUUUAAUCUUAGGGUAUGGGUCGACUGAACCGAAGAAGAAAUCGAGACGAAUUUCUGAAUCGAUUGAGGGCUUUGGAUUCAUGUGUUUGUUCAUGUUGAUUGGGACAGCUGCUUUUGUUUACCAUCAAGGAAGAUUCAGCUCAAAUCCAGUCACGAUUCACGGUAUGGAAUCAAGAGGGAGCAAUGCCAUGACACCGGUACUGAAAAGCAGGAAGCUUAAGGAAAGUAGGGAGCCUCCUACACCAGACGAAGACGAUCCUCGUCUUAAUUUGGAGGAUUACCGGUCCAUUGAUCCAGUCCCAAAUUCGAAGGCUUCAAUAAGACCAGGACCCGUCCAGCACGGUACUCCUCUAAUGCCUUAUCUCCCCAAUCCUUCGCCUGCUCCCGGUCAACCACAACAUGGUGGCUAACACUUUCUCAUCACUAAUAAUACCACUUCCUCUUAGAAUGAUGGAAUAACUAUGAAUUCCAUCUGGUGUUUCCUUCUGUAUAAUAUCCUAAUUAAACAGUAGAAAUUGUAAUAUUUCUGACAGAUAAGUUAGUUUUUUACUCCACUUA